GGUCUCCUCCGGAGCGCCGGGCACAGCCUGCGACGCCCGCUCCCCGCCUCUGGUCCGGCCCGGGGCGCCGCGGCUGUGGGGUUGGCCCUCUGCGGACAAGGUCAGGAGGCUGGGCGGCGAUGCGCGAGUGCGGCUGGAAGCAGCCAAGCGGAGGCGACGGCGGUCGGGAUCUGUCCCUCCUGACAAGAGAGCGGGACUGGGGCUGGCGCCGGUGAGGAGAAAGAGGAGAGGCGGCGGCGAGGUUCUCUGCGGCCGGGAUUCCCCUCCGGAGCAUCACUGUCCGCGCCCGCGAGCGCAGCCCAGCCGGGCAUGGGCGCAGGGAAGAUGGAGCCCGGGGGCCAGGCCCGCAUGGGCGCCCCGCAGCCGGCCGCCCCGGGGCUGUGGAGGGCUCGGCCGGCGGGCGGCGGCGGGGGCGCCUCCUCCUGGCUGCUGGACGGGAACAGCUGGCUGCUGUGCUAUGGCUUCCUCUACCUGGCGCUCUACGCGCAGGUGUCCCAGUCUAAGCCGUGCGAGAGGACCGGCUCCUGCUUCUCUGGCCGCUGUGUCAACUCCACUUGCCUCUGCGACCCGGGCUGGGUGGGGGACCAGUGCCAGCACUGCCAGGGCAGGUUCAAGUUAACAGAACCUUCUGGAUAUUUAACUGAUGGUCCAAUUAACUAUAAGUAUAAAACUAAAUGUACAUGGCUAAUUGAAGGCUAUCCAAAUGCAGUGUUAAGAUUAAGAUUCAAUCAUUUUGCCACAGAAUGUAGCUGGGAUCAUAUGUAUGUGUAUGAUGGAGAUUCAAUAUAUGCACCUUUAAUAGCUGUUCUUAGUGGUUUGAUAGUUCCUGAAGUAAGGGGAAAUGAAACUGUGCCUGAAGUUGUUACAACAUCUGGCUAUGCACUGUUACACUUCUUUAGUGAUGCUGCAUAUAACCUAACUGGUUUCAACAUUUUUUAUUCAAUCAAUUCUUGUCCUAACAAUUGCUCUGGCCAUGGAAAGUGUACAACCAGUGUUUCCGUUCCCAGUCAAGUGUAUUGUGAAUGUGAUAAGUACUGGAAGGGUGAAGCUUGUGACAUUCCUUACUGUAAAGCCAACUGCGGCAGUCCAGAUCAUGGGUACUGUGACUUGACAGGAGAAAAACUGUGUGUCUGUAAUGAUAGUUGGCAAGGUCCUGAUUGCUCUUUCAAUGUUCCUUCUACUGAGUCUUACUGGAUUCUACCAAAUGUUAAACCCUUCAGUCCUUCUGUAGGUCGGGCUUCACAUAAAGCAGUUUUACAUGGGAAAUUUAUGUGGGUGAUUGGUGGAUAUACUUUUAACUACAGUUCUUUUCAAAUGGUCCUGAAUUACAAUUUAGAAAGCAGUAUAUGGAAUGUAGGAACUCUGUCAAGGGGACCUCUUCAGAGAUAUGGACAUUCUCUUGCUUUAUAUCAGGAAAACAUCUUUAUGUAUGGAGGCAGAAUUGAAACAAAGGAUGGCAAUGUCACAGAUGAAUUAUGGGUUUUUAACAUACCUAGUCAGUCAUGGAGUACAAAAACUCCUACCGUUCUUGGACAUGGUCAGCAGUAUGCUGUGGAGGGACAUUCAGCACAUAUUAUGGAGCUGGAUAGUAAAGAUGUUGUCAUGAUCAUAAUAUUUGGAUAUUCUGCAAUAUAUGGUUAUACAAGCAGCAUACAGGAAUACCAUAUCUCGUCAAACACUUGGCUUGUUCCAGAAACAAAAGGUGCUAUUGUGCAAGGUGGAUAUGGGCAUACAAGUGUGUAUGAUGAGAUAACUAAGUCCAUUUAUGUUCAUGGAGGCUAUAAAGCAUUGCCAGGCAACAAAUAUGGAUUGGUAGAUGACCUUUAUAAGUAUGAAGUUAACCCUAAGACUUGGACUAUUUUGAAAGAAAGUGGGUUUGCCAGAUAUCUUCAUUCAGCUGUUCUUAUCAAUGGAGCUAUGCUUAUUUUUGGAGGAAAUACCCAUAAUGACACUUCCUUGAGUAACGGUGCAAAAUGUUUUUCUGCCGAUUUCCUGGCAUAUGACAUAGCUUGUGAUGAAUGGAAAACAUUACCGAAACCAAAUCUUCAUAGAGAUGUCAACAGAUUUGGACACUCUGCAGUAGUCAUUAAUGGGUCCAUGUAUAUAUUUGGGGGAUUUUCUAGUGUACUCCUUAAUGAUAUCCUUGUAUAUAAGCCUCCAAAUUGCAAGGCUUUCAGAGAUGAAGAACUUUGUAGAAAUGCUGGUCCAGGGAUAAAAUGUAUUUGGAAUAAAAAUCACUGCGAAUCUUGGGAAUCUGGAAAUGCUAAUAAUAUUCUUAGAGCAAAGUGCCCUCCUAAAACAGCUGCUUCUGAUGACAGAUGUUACAGAUAUGCGGAUUGUGCCAGCUGUACUGCCAAUACGAAUGGGUGCCAAUGGUGUGAUGACAAGAAAUGUAUUUCAGCCAAUAGUAACUGCAGUGUGUCUGUCAGAAACUACACCAAAUGUCAUGUGAGAAAUGAACAGAUUUGUAACAAACUUACUAGCUGUAAAAGCUGUUCACUGAAUUUGAAUUGUCAGUGGGAUCAGCGACAACAAGAAUGCCAAGCUUUACCAGCUCAUCUUUGUGGAGAAGGAUGGAGUCAUAUUGGGGAUGCUUGUCUAAAAAUCAACUCCAGUAGAGAAAGUUAUGACAAUGCAAAACUUUAUUGCUAUAAUCUUAGUGGAAAUCUUGCUUCAUUAACAACUUCCAAAGAAGUAGAAUUUGUUCUGGAUGAAAUACAGAAGUAUACCCAACAGAAAGUGUCACCUUGGGUAGGCUUGCGCAAAAUCAAUAUAUCCUACUGGGGAUGGGAGGACAUGUCUCCUUUUACAAAUACGACUUUACAGUGGCUUCCUGGUGAACCAAAUGAUUCUGGAUUCUGUGCAUACCUAGAAAGGGCUUCAAUCGCAGGCUUAAAAGCAAAUCCUUGCACAUCUAUGGCAGAUGGACUUGUCUGUGAAAAACCUGUUGUUAGCCCAAAUCAAAAUGCAAGGCCAUGCAAAAAGCCAUGCUCUCUAAGGACGUCCUGUUCCAACUGCACAAGCAAUGGCAUGGAGUGCAUGUGGUGCAGCAGUACAAGGCGGUGCGUCGACUCCAAUGCCUACAUCAUUUCCUUUCCAUAUGGACAGUGUCUGGAGUGGCAGACUGCCACCUGCUCCCCUCAGAAUUGUUCCGGAUUGAGAACCUGUGGACAGUGUUUAGAACAGCCUGGAUGUGGCUGGUGCAAUGAUCCUAGUAAUACAGGACGAGGACACUGCAUUGAAGGGUCUUCACGGGGACCAGUGAAGCCUGCUGGGAUUCACAGUAGUGAGAUGGUACUUGACAGCAGUCUGUGCCCUAAAGAAAGAAACUAUGAGUGGUCCUUUAUCCAGUGUCCAGCUUGCCAGUGUAAUGGACACAGCACUUGCAUCAAUAACAAUGUGUGUGAACACUGUAAAAAUCUCACCACAGGAAAACAGUGUCAAGACUGCAUGCCGGGUUAUUAUGGAGAUCCAACCAAUGGAGGACAGUGCACAGCCUGUACAUGCAGUGGCCAUGCAAAUAUUUGUCAUCUGCACACAGGAAAAUGUUUCUGCACGACUAAAGGAAUAAAAGGUGAUCAGUGCCAAUUAUGUGACUCUGAAAAUCGCUAUGUUGGUAAUCCACUUAGGGGAACAUGUUAUUACAGCCUUUUGAUUGACUAUCAGUUCACCUUCAGCUUGUUACAGGAAGAUGAUCGCCACCAUACCGCCAUAAACUUCAUAGCAAACCCAGAACAGUCAAACAAAAAUUUGGAUAUUUCAAUUAAUGCAUCAAACAACUUUAAUCUCAAUAUUACAUGGUCCGUUGGCUCAACAGCUGGAACAAUAUCUGGGGAAGAGACUCCUAUAGUUUCCAAGACUAAUAUAAAGGAAUACAGAGAUAGUUUUUCCUAUGAAAAAUUUAACUUCAGAAGCAAUCCUAACAUUACAUUCUAUGUAUAUGUCAGCAACUUCUCCUGGCCCAUUAAAAUACAGAUCGCAUUCUCACAACACAAUACAAUCAUGGAUCUUGUGCAGUUUUUUGUCACGUUCUUCAGUUGUUUUUUAUCCUUGUUACUGGUUGCUGCUGUGGUGUGGAAGAUCAAACAAACCUGUUGGGCUUCACGACGGAGAGAGCAACUGCUUCGAGAACGACAGCAGAUGGCCAGCCGUCCCUUUGCUUCUGUUGAUGUAGCACUGGAAGUGGGAGCCGAACAAACAGACUUUCUGCGAGGGCCAUUAGAGGGGGCUCCCAAACCCAUAGCCAUCGAACCCUGUGCAGGAAACAGAGCUGCAGUUCUGACGGUGUUUCUUUGUCUACCACGAGGAUCAUCAGGGGCACCACCACCUGGGCAGUCAGGUCUUGCUAUUGCCAGUGCCCUGAUAGAUAUUUCACAGCAGAAGCCUUCAGAUAAUAAAGACAAGACUUCAGGGGUCCGAAAUCGAAAACACCUCUCCACACGUCAAGGAACUUGUGUCUGAGAAUGGAAACCACUCCUGUAUAUUCUACGCUGAUUCCCUUCACAACUGGCUUCCGUUAAAGCUGUCCUUUGGCCUCAGGUUUUAUGGAGGCCAAUCUUUGUAGGAUCCAGGGCCCAAGUGCAGUUCCCUCUAAGUGGGCAAUGUCCCAAGUGGCCAAAGAAUGUUCACAAGUUUUAUAAAAGUAACAGUAUUGGUGGUCACAGGUGAUAAGGGUCAGUUUUUAUGACUGUUAGGCUUAUCAUAGCUGAUGUUAAAUUACUCUGAAAAAAGAUGUAUAUUGUUUCUUAAUGCAGAUGAAAAAUAUGUAAUUCAUAUAAAUCAACUGUUUAUAUCCCAAGACUUUAAAGAAAGACAUUUUAUAAUGCCUGAAUGAUGAGAAUUGUACAGUUUUUGCCUCAGAAGCAAACUUAGGUCACUUGUAUAUGAACAGGAAAUGAACAAAUCACAAUGACUUUAAAUGCUGUUUUAUCUUGUAAAUGUGAAAGCAAGUUUUUGAUUUAGUAGCAUGUAGGUAAGAUAUUUAAAUAUUUCACACGACCAUAUCAUGUUCAAACUCAAUUUGAGAACAUAACAAUUUUCCACCUACCUGGAAUGCAGACC